AUGGCGAGAGCUCACUCCGAGUCCUCUGAGGACUUCGAGUUUAUCGAGACUCCCGCUGCUGCAUCCCAGCCUCCCUCGUCAGAUAGCUGUGGUGUGCGGACCACGGCGUAUCCUGCCAUCAAAAAUGCCCCCUUACCGGCUGACGCCGCCGGAAGCGACAGUUUCUCCAACAUCCUCCUCAUCUCUUUCCUUGUCCUCGUUCCAGCUUACUUCGCUCGCCAAAUCGGCGGGGGGGUGUAUACUACAAUUUUCCUGGCGAUCCUCACCACCAUCCCGAUCCUCAUGGUCUUCUGGUCCGUAGCCUCCUCGAUCUCGCCUCGCAAGAACGAAAAGGCCAAAUAUCCCGGACGCCCUGUCGAGCACUACUUGCAUUUCCACAGCGAGCAUGACCGUGCCAGAUACCAUGGCAAGAGCAAGAUCCCCAUGGAAACCUUCCAUGAGAUGUACUUUGACGGCGCUGUGGAUUUCAAGGGCGAUUGUCUUGAGGCCAUGGAGUAUCGUCAUGAUUGGGCUGCGUUCCGCUUUACGAUGAGCUUGUAUAAGUUUUUCUUGACAGGCAUGAUUCCGGAAGUUAUUAUGCAUACUCGUAGCCAAGACGAGGAACAAGUCCGGGACCAUUAUGACCGUGGCGAUGACUUCUAUGGCUGGUUCCUUGGUCCUCGCAUGAUCUAUACCAGCGGCAUCAUCAGCGAUAUCAACAGGGAAGAAACUCUCGAGGAAUUGCAGGACAAUAAACUUGCGGUCGUCUGCGAAAAGAUCCAGGUCAAGCGUGGUGACAGAAUGCUGGACCUAGGUUGCGGCUGGGGAACUCUCGCCAAAUUCGCCAGCGUGCACUACGGCGCCCAUGUCACCGGUAUCACUCUAGGCCGCAACCAAACAAAAUGGGGCAACAACGCACUACGCAACGCCGGCAUCGAAGAAUCCCAGAGCCGCAUCGUCUGCUCCGACUACCGUGACUGCCCGGUCGUACCCGGCGGCUACAAUCAGAUCACCUGUCUCGAGAUGGCGGAACAUGUCGGCGUACGCCACCUUGCCUCUUUCUUCUCGCAGGUACAUGACAUGUUGAAUGAUGACGGUGUCUUCUUCUUGCAAAUUGCCGGACUGCGCAAGGCGUGGCAGUAUGAGGAUCUUAUUUGGGGCUUGUUCAUGAACAAGUACAUAUUCCCCGGCGCUGAUGCCAGCACGCCCCUUGGCUUUGUCAUUGAUCGACUUGAAGGCGCUGGCUUCGAGAUUAAGGGCGUCGACACCGUUGGCGUGCACUAUUCCGCGACACUGUGGCGGUGGUAUCGGAACUGGAUUGCUAAUAAGGAGAAGGUGGAAGCCAAGUAUGGCAAGAGGUGGUAUAGGAUCUGGGAAUUCUUCCUCGCCUACUCCGUCAUCAUCUCGCGCCAGGGCAGCGCUACCUGCUGGCAAAUCGUAGCAGUGAAGAACAUCAACUCCACACACCGCAUCGAGGGCGUCCCGUCGCAGUUUGGCCUGGCCGGUGCUCGCGAGGCUAGCAUGAAGAAUGUUGGCAAUGGAUCUCUGCCGUCAGCUCACAUUCCUACUAUUGCGUGA